AGCGGUCCACAGCCAGCGCCGGGCAGCUCCGGGCUUCGCAGGCGGAAGGCUCGCCUCGUCGGUUGCAUCCGUGCCCGCUACCUUUUGGACACCACGAAGAUGGCACCCGUUGGGGGCAAAAAGGCCAAGAAGGGCAUCCUAGAACGUUUAAAUGCCGGAGAGGUUGUGAUUGGAGAUGGAGGGUUUGUCUUCGCGCUGGAGAAGAGGGGCUAUGUAAAGGCAGGCCCCUGGACCCCAGAAGCCGCUGUGGAGCACCCAGAAGCAGUUCGCCAGCUUCAUCGGGAGUUCCUAAGAGCUGGAUCGAACGUCAUGCAGACUUUCACCUUCUAUGCAAGUGAAGACAAGCUGGAGAACAGGGGCAACUAUGUUUUAGAGAAGAUAUCUGGACAGAAAGUCAAUGAAGCUGCUUGUGACAUUGCCCGGCAAGUGGCUGAUGAGGGAGAUGCUUUGGUAGCAGGAGGUGUGAGUCAGACACCCUCGUACCUCAGCUGCAAGAGUGAAACCGAAGUUAAAAAGAUAUUUCAGCAACAGUUAGACGUCUUUAUGAAGAAGAAUGUGGACUUCUUGAUCGCAGAGUAUUUUGAACAUGUUGAAGAAGCUGUGUGGGCAGUUGAAGCUUUGAAAGUAUCUGGGAAACCAGUGGCAGCGACCAUGUGCAUUGGCCCAGAAGGAGAUCUGCAUGGAGUGCCCCCUGGGGAGUGUGCAGUGCGCCUGGUGAAAGCAGGAGCCUCCAUCGUGGGCGUGAACUGCCAUUUUGACCCCACGAUUAGUUUGCAGACGGUGAAGCUCAUGAAAGAAGGCUUGGAGGCUGCCGGACUGAAAGCUCACCUGAUGAGCCAGCCCUUGGCCUACCACACUCCCGACUGCAACAAACAGGGAUUCAUCGAUCUGCCUGAAUUCCCCUUUGGACUGGAACCCAGAGUUGCCACCAGAUGGGAUAUACAUAAAUAUGCCAGAGAGGCUUACAACCUGGGGGUCAGGUACAUUGGCGGGUGCUGUGGAUUCGAGCCCUACCACAUCAGGGCAAUCGCAGAGGAGCUGGCCCCAGAAAGGGGAUUUUUGCCACCAGCUUCAGAAAAACAUGGCAGCUGGGGCAGUGGUUUGGACAUGCACACAAAACCCUGGAUUAGAGCAAGGGCCAGGAAAGAAUACUGGGAGAAUCUUCGGAUAGCCUCAGGCAGGCCAUACAACCCUUCAGUGUCAAAGCCCGAUGGCUGGGGUGUGACCAAAGGAACAGCCGAGCUGAUGCAGCAGAAAGAAGCCACAACUGAGCAGCAGCUGAAAGAGCUCUUUGAAAAACAAAAAAUUAGAUCUUCAGAGUAGCCUCAGUGGAACCUAUUUUUGGUGAAUACCUUGGUAUUUGGGCCCCACAAUUCCUAUACGAAUCAGGAAAAAAUAGUUAAAAAGCAGUGCUUAUAUUAAUGCCAGCCUACACAGAUAAUCGGUAUUAGCUGAAGGAAAUAGACUUACAAAUAGCACUUGACAACUUUAACAGUAUGUUUUAGAAAUUUACUUAGAAGCAAAAUAAGUACCAAGUAAAUCUUAAACAGGUUUACUAAGUACCAACUAUGUAUAAGGCAUUAUGGAAACCACUGCAGCAAAGGAAAAGUAAUUCAGACAUUAAUUCCACUUCAAGAAGUUGAUAGGCUAGCAAGGAGGAUAGGAAAAGAACUGUCAUAAAUGACUCGGCAACCAGCCAGGGGCAGAUAAAGUGCUAUGGAAAGUGGCCUCCAAGCUCUUUUGAACAUGACCGUUAGUAAGAAACACAAUUUAUGUAAUGACACAGGAAAACAUAUAGCAUAUAAACAUUGAAAUUAAGUGUGAUCCAUUCUGGUAUUUUCUGUUCUAUUCCUUUCCAUCCUAUUUCUUUAAUAAAACAUGCUGGUUGAGACCCUUUAAAUUGAGUUUUAUGAUCCAUUAAUGGGCUUUGCCCCACAGUUUGAAAAACAUUGCUAUGGGACACUUCAGAUAUGGGGACCAUCCUACUUAAGUUUAUUCUUAUAAGAAGAUUAGUCAUAUGGGACCUGAUCAAUAAGUGUCCAAAGCCCAGAGUCCUGCUCUCAGAGUUCUUCUAUGUCCUGACCCAUUUCUACCCCUGAGAAACAUAGAGCAAUAGGGAAGAAGAAGAGAUUGGCCCUCUCCAUCCUGGUCAAAACUGGAUCCACCUAAUGCCUCUAGUCCAUAAGCCUGAGGAGGGUGAACUUGUGUUACUUUGUAGCUAAAAAAAAAAAAUAAAAAAGUAUAAUAAGAAAAAGGUAGAUUCUCCAAACUCUAGCCCAGUUUCCAUGAUUGAGAACUAUGAUAUUUUUACCUGCUAGUUUAAUAUUUGCUAUCCUACGAGAGCUCAAGCCUAGAGAUGCAAGACUUUUAGAAUAAGCAUGGCUACCCUCAAGAUAUUAGGAAAAAGUUCAAGCUGCUUUCUAAACAUUCUUGGAUUGGUUGAGCUAUUUUUAAAUUGUAAUUUUUUUCCAGCUAUUAAAAAAGAAGAGCAAUGAGACCAU